GACAGCAGAGGCGAGUGUCAGAAGGGAUGGGACUGUAUUUGCCCUCAUUCCUAGAGGAAUCAGGUGCUUUCUGUCACCUGGGUUACCGGAUCUCCAUGGAUGUCACAACCAACCCGCUGCUUGAACUGAAUGGCACGGCCCCACUGAGAUCUGCCCAAAUCUGAUCUAGAGUCAGUCAGCUGGAUGUCAUUCCCAGUCUUUCUAAGAGUACAGGGAGAAAGUCACAGAUGAAGACCAGAUGAAUACAGGUGAGUUGAUGAAACCCCUUUAGAAUGAUGGAACACAACAUGAUGUUGGAAAAUAAACCGAUCGAGGACGACUGCCAUCUAAAAUGCCAGCAAUACCUUAUCAGUAUGUUUGGAGAAGCAGCCGCAGAGUAUUUUCUCAGCCCUUGCUCUUGCUCAAAGGAAAUACCCACUUGGUUUUUCCAGCUAAAAGAUGACAUGAAAGGUAUGAGUGCAGUUAGCCUAUGGGAUGCUCUGAGACAAUGCUCUGCACAGAUACUACAAGAAUCAAACACUGAGCCCUCGAUGGCGAUUACUAAUGAGAUUGUGAGAAGGGUGACAGACUGGAAGACACUCAAGAAACAAGAUCAUCUGAUGCACCUAUCAAGGGUGAAAUACAUGUUCCGCUGUGCUCAGCGUAACCAGGCCAUAUCUGCACUCCUUCUACAACAUAAUCCUCUUUUUGACUAUGAGAUAAAUAAAGGACUGAACUGAUCCCUGUUCAUUAUCCAGAAUCAACCAAAUGGUGAGGUCAACACAAGAGCAUUGUUGAAAACAGGGCUGUGUCUCAGAUGAGCAAGACAUUUAUGACAUAAUCCAACUGUAUUUUUUUCUGUAACUUUUAUUGUUCAGUUGACCCAUUUAAGACUUGCAGAUGCUUGAUAAAUGAGUCAGUUAAUGUGAUGCACUGUAGUAGGAAUUUGUACUUGCCCUUCACUACCAUCGGAGGGCAGCAGAUUGUAAAUUUGGCUUUUAAUCUCAUUACUGAAAUAAUUAUUUGUCUCUAGCACAGAGGAUUUCAUCUGGUUUUUGCUUCAGGAGACAGAAUGUACUUAGCCAACACAUAUAUAAAACAUUUUUUAUAAUCUGUAUAAUAUUGUUAUCUGUGUCAAAUUUUAUUCUGUGCAGUUAGACCUGAUGCAUAUUUAUUUUGAUAUUUAAUCUUGUUAUUAGAUUUUAUGUUUUUUUUUAUUUGUCCAUUUAGCAUUGUGUUUUGUUUAAUUUUUACCUGUGAAUCUAUGACUCUAGGACCACCAGUUAAGUAAGUGUCAUUAGCCUAUAUAAGAGCUGAAUACACAA